AUGAAGACUUCCAUCUCAUCCGAUGUAUGGGAGAAGAAGAAGGUGUUGAUCUCCAAGCUAUAUAUGGAAGAGGAAUGGCCCUUGAAGCAGGUCAUCAAACAAAUACGUACCGAUGAUUUCAAUCCUAGUGAAACCCAACUACGAAGCAGACUGAAGAAAUGGCGAGUGACCAAGCCUUCCCGUCAGACUAGAAAGAAGAGUCUGGCUUCAGCCUCUGGAGAAGACCAAGAUUUAGACAAGGAUGUGAAGCGCAAAGCAUCCACCAUCCAAAGACCACUGCCAUCAUUACCGACAAGAGAGACACCAACCCACCAUGAAUGGCCCAUGACACAACCCAACUACGGACAUCCGUCCACCCUCCAACACCCCGUCCCAGAUCAGGACCGGAAAUGGAGCUCUCCUAUGAUCCAACAACUCACCCCAAGCCCCUCCGACGAGCACAUUUUCAACCCAGACCGCACAACAGCCGUCUCUUAUUCAGAUCUCAGCCCAACAACGACAUCCUUCGACCACUCCCACACCUCCCCAGUCGGCGAGGGUCUCAUGCUGAACACAACCUCCGCCGUGGCCCCAUCCUACCCAACCUACCCACUCUCACCUGAAUCGUGCCUUCCAAGCCCAGGCGCGGCAACGACCCCCGGCGGCAUUGGCUGGCCACCCCGCGCUGUUUCAGUAGACUACGGUCUUAACCCAUCUCAGUGGUACUCGCUGCCCUUUGAAGCCCUCACUCCCCCAGCCAUCCCCCAGUCCACGGCUGCCCCCAUGACGCCUUCAAUGAACGGCUACCUCCCCCAAGCCCAGCUCUACCAUCCCCAGUACCACCACCACUAUGGCGAGGUACCAGAGUACCCCCAUGGCUAUGAUGCCAAGAACUGGAAACGUGCUAUGUCGUUGCAGUAUGAUAUGGCCGGCCAUCUGUCUGCUCGGCCCGAACAUGAUAGGAAGCAGAUGCUCCCGCAUACACAACCUCAUGGCCAGUCCCAUCACAUGGCGUCCCCGCCGCAUACCCUGCCCGGUGGACCUCAUUCGGUGAUGUGUGCUCCAAUCAUGCCUUACAUGGGCCAUGACCAUUAUGUGCAGAAGCCUCCGGGCAUUGGAUACUAG